AUGACCAGCGCCAAAGCGCGGGGCAAGCUACCCGAAGUGGUUGACCUCGCUGAGAAAUCAUCCGCGUUCCAACCCCAUGCCGGAGCCAAGAAGCUCGUCAUCAAAAACCUGCGCAGUCCGGGUAAUCGCGAUGCGCAGAUCGAACAAUACUACGCCCGGGCGGAGAAGGAUCUCGACGAUGGACUGGGUGCCAUCUUUGCGGGGCGUAAACCUGCUGUCCCCCUGGAAAGACUAUACCGUGGCGUUGAGGAUGUUUGCCGCAAAGGCAACGCCGAAAAGGUCUACCGUAUGCUGAUGAAACGCGUCGAGAAACAUCUGCAGUCGGUCGUUCUGCCUCGAAUAGGGAAAGCCGGCGAUGCGUCAGAGGUGGAUAUACUAAGGAAUGUCCUAGUUGAGUGGAAAACGUGGAAUAGCCAAACUGUUCUCAUUCGGUCCACUUUCAGCUACCUCGACAGAACAUACCUGCUCCGGGAGGGCCUCCCAUCCAUCAACGACAUGACUAUUUCACAUUUUCGCCGAAUGCUCUUUAGCGCGCAGAGCGGUAAUCGCAGUCUAGAAAACGAUGUUAUCGGUGGCGUCUGCGGCUUGGUGGAACAUGAUCGACGUGGCAGUGCUUCGAUGAAUGGCGAACUCCUCAGAGACUCUAUAAUGAUGCUAUACGUCCAAGGCGUCUACACAAAAUACUUCGAGCCGGUGAUGAUCAAGACUUCGAAGGGCUAUUUCGAAGAGUUCGGAACGUCAUGGAGCACGUCUGGCUUGAAAGAAUACAUUGCAGCUUGCGAGACACUUCUAGCAAGAGAAGCGAAUCGCUGCAUGGCAUACAAUCUGGACAGCACCACAGAACGACUAUUAAUGGAGCUGGCACACCGAAUACUGAUUCACGACUACUCUGAAAAGUUGCUCAACGAAGGCAGCUUGGCGAACCUCAUGGGCGACAAAGAUAUGAAAUCUAUAAAGGGUCUUUACGACCUGCUUAAACUUUCCGGUCUACAGAAAAAGCUGAAGAAGCCAUGGGCUGACUACAUCAGAAAAACUGGCGCCACCAUCAUUUCGGACAAGGAAUAUGGGGACGAGAUGGUUAUCCGUCUUCUGGAGCUGCGCCGAUCGCUGGACUUGAUGAUCCGCGAUGCCUUUGGCAGAGACGACGAUUUCUUGUGGGGUAUGCGUGAGGCAUUUGGAGGAUUCAUGAAUGACCGUACUACGGCUGCCUGCUGGGAUACUGGAACGUCUAAGAUCGGAGAAAUGACCGCCAAGCACAUUGAUAUGCUACUGCGUGGUGGCUUAAAGACCUUGCCCAAAUCGCUAAUCUCCGACAUUCAAGACCGAGUUGCUGCAGAAAGAGAAGGGCAGGCCAGCACAGGCGACGAGGACGCGGAGCUGGACAGGCAGCUGGACAACUCACUUGAACUAUUUCGCUUCAUCGAAGGAAAGGACGCUUUCGAAGCAUUUUACAAAAAGGACCUGGCGAGAAGAUUACUCAUGGGCCGCAGCGCCAGUCAAGAUGCUGAGCGCAACAUGCUGACGAAACUACGGGGAGAAUGCGGUUCCAACUUUACACAUAAUCUGGAACAGAUGUUCAAGGACCAGGAGCUUGCCAAGGACGAGAUGGAGGCGUACAAGCAGCAUUGCCAAAAUACAUCUGAGGGCAAGCCGCCGGUCGAUCUGCACGUCAUGAUUUUAUCAGCAGCCGCUUGGCCAACUUACCCCGAUGUCCGUCUGAACCUGCCUGACGAUGUCGCCACCCAGAUUGAACGAUUCGACAGACAUUACAAAGGAAAGCACACUGGCCGUGUGUUGACAUGGAAGCACUCUCUGGCCCACUGCUCCGUCAAAGCCGUCUUUCCCAAGGGUUCUAAGGAACUUCUCGUGUCUGCAUUCCAGGCCGUCGUGCUGCUCAUGUUCAACGGCGCUAGUGGGCCUCUCACAUACGAUCAGUUGUCGACAGGCUCUGGGCUUACCGGUGGUGAGCUCGAACGCACGCUGCAGUCGCUGGCGUGCGGCAAGGCGCGUGUCUUGAGCAAACAUCCUAAAGGCCGUGAGGUUAAGAAGACGGAUACGUUCACAUUUAAUGCCACGUUUUCGGAUCCGAAAUAUAGAGUCAAGAUCAACCAGAUCCAGCUGAAGGAGACCAAGGAGGAGAACAAGGCCACACACGAACGCAUCGCCCAAGAUCGACGCUUCGAAACUCAGGCUGCUAUCGUCAGAAUCAUGAAAAGCCGCAAGACCAUGGGCCACGCGGAGCUAGUGGCUGAAGUUAUUAACCUGACCAAGAAGCGAGGCAGUGUGGAGCCGGCUGCCAUCAAGAAGGAGAUUGAAAGUCUGAUUGAGAAGGACUACAUAGAGCGUGAAGGAAACGCGUACACAUACUUGGCGUAA